AUUCCCAAAAAUCCCAAAUUCGAUAGCAAUAAUUCCCUAUCAACUAGCAAUCUCUCUUUCUUAGCGUCACUAAUUCUCUGCAUUUUCUGAUUCAUUUAUCGAUGCGCUUGUCUCUAACCAUUGAUUGCGACAUCAGAGCCCCGUUCCACUGCCUCCCGCGCUUUAUAUUUUCUUUCUUUUUUUGCCUUUUUUUUUUCUGUUUAAUGAAGUUCUGUAGUGCCGCCUGCCGUUUUGAUUGUUCUAGACAGCAAUUGUUAUGGAAUUCGCUUGAUCAGCUCCCAAUUGCAUUGUCUUCCUCAGUUGUGUCUUUGAGAGAGAAGGAAGAUUUAGAUGGCGAAUGGAGACAAUGGCCGUUGCGUGUUCCCGUUAACAGGCUUACAAAUUGGGGAUUUGCAGUCCUAUCUUUCACAUCUGAGCCUAUUUAUGGCCUCUGACAGUGGGAAGUUCUACAUCUUGGUGGAUAACCGGCCAUGGUUGAAGGAUCUUGUGUCACGACCCACACAUUUGUGGCAGUUGAUGGUCACUAAGUCCAGGUUGUCUCCCUUUGCAAACACGAAGAGGGGGAAGGAUAGGAAGUUGUUGAGACAACUUUCGGAAUUAGAGACUUCUCCCUCACUAAACACAAGUAAGUUGAGGAACUUCAAGCAGUGGAUCUCGUUGAUUGAUGCAGUGACCUUGUCCCGGAAGAGGGCUUUGUUACCUGUCAAGAAGCUUAGGAAUUCUUUGAUUGCAAACAGCAAGUUGCAUAGAACCUUGUAUGGCUUCAUUGUCUUUGAAGUUGCAUGGAGGGAUGUACGUGGUAUUAACUAUUUGAAUGAGCUUCAGACUGAUACCUCGCUUGCAAUGGAGGCUAAAGUCAUGAGAAGGUGGGAAUUCGAUAGCGUAGCCCAAGCCGCUAACUCGAUUUCUUCAUGGUUCCCUGGUACCCUCGAUGAACGGAUCCUUUUGGAAGAGCAUUUGGAUGCUACAAUAGGGGAGGUGUUCCAUGACGCACAAGAAAGUUUCCCAAGGAGUGACAGGAAGGCAGAUAUUGCAGGUGAUUGCACCAAUGUUAAAACUGAAUCCCCAUGCUCUUCAAGUAGUAGUUUCAGCAUGUAUACUGUAAUGGGGCAAAACUUGACUCAGAGACUCCACACACCUCCUCCUGAUGGGUUUCCUUACAAAAGGCGGAAACUUACGAGUCCUAUACACUUCGAUCUUGGUUCACCUUCUGAAGAAGCUGACGUGGAAAAUGUUGAUAUAUUGUCUCACACGCCAGAUACAAGCGAAUGUGAAGACACACUCCAGUGUUCCAUGUACCGUGAUGUUCUGAUUUUGUUUCGGUUUGAUGAUCGCGACCUUCCUUACAAAUUAAUGUACAUAGUUAUGUCUGAUCUGCGGUUACUCACUCUACUUGAAGCUGGGCUUCCAUCAUGGGUUAUUUUCCUUCAAUCCUAUCCAGUAUUCUGCCAUCUCUAUCGUCCCUGGAUGUGUCCGUUGGCCAGGGCUUGCUAUGUGCUUAUAUCGAUCAUCACUGUCCUCAUUGGGUUUUAUGACUUGUAUAAAAAUGUACCACUCCUUAAGGCCACAGCAUCUAGGUUGUUCGGGCCCCUGUUCGACUGGAUAGAAUCGUUGGAAAUGAUUUCAAGAAUCAAGUAUUUAGGGACCAUGUUAUUCCUUCAUAAUUUUCAAAAGGCGAUUAAGUGGUUUCUUUCUGCAACGAGAACCAUUCGUUCAUUUUUUACAUUAGUUAUAGAGCCAAUGGCUGGACCAUUUGCUGAGUUUCUGGAAUUCUUACUUCCUCUUUGGAGUGUGUUCGGAGAAGUUGCUGAGAAUCUGUUUUCAGUCAUGUGGAUGGUGACUGAGUCUUGUUUCGCAAUGGUAGGAGACCUAAUAGAGAUUUUAGUGCUGCCAUUGUGGUUUAUCUUGUCUCUUGGAUGGAAUAUUGCAAUAUCGGUUAUAUGUCCCAUAUUCUGGAUACUGUUUGAGUUCCUUUAUGCUCCAAUUCGACUCGUCCUAGGAUUCUGUAGCCUCGUGGCAUACUUAUGCACACUUGUUUAUGAAAUGGUUGGAGAUUUAUUGCUGUUCGCUGGCAGCCUAGUUAGUUUUACCAGGGAUGUCGAAUCAACAGUGAGCUCGUAUGAGGUUUCAAUCUGGCGCUCUCUGUGGAACGACCUUUUCUCUCAGAUUUUCCGUGCUCUCCGAAGUAUCCUGAACGGUUUUGUGGCUUUCUUCAUGGCAUGCAAUAGACACCGGCUGAGCACGUAUAAUCAUAUGAAGGAGUUAUACCACAGAUUGUCUCGUAGACCCAGGAGAGCGAGUGCUCAAAAAGUCGAUCAAGAUACACAUACUUCUGCAACACGUUUAUCUCCAAGAGUUGGGAAGAGUCCCAUCAGCAGUUCAAGCCCAGGAAUGGUUAGAUGAUGUUGACACGUACCAUAUACAACAACAUUCAAUGUGUAAUAUACUAAUAUCAUCGUGUACAUGUGAGAGCUUGUCCCGAGUGAUCUAUGUAUCUACUGUAUUUUUAUAAUCUAUGCUAACGUUGUAAGUAUUCUCCUAUUUGUCGGUGGGCUGUCUGAAGAAAUUUUGGAUGAAUGUAAUGCAGCUUAAUUGUGAUGGUAA